AUGGCGGAGCUAGGCUCAUGUCUUGACAUUGACCCCAUGUUCUUUGCAUCCCAUAUCCAUUCAGCAUGGAGAAACCUGGAUUCCUUAUCACCCAAGUUCUGUGAGCUACCGUCGCAAACAAAGGCGCAGAACUUUGCUACGUUUCCGUAUCAUCGGAGUCUCGUGUUUCCAGACAUUGAUCUUGAGGAUUACAAAUUACUUCGCUUAUUAAAUAUUCGGAGAAAGGUCAUUGUAUUACCACCCAUCCAGGGACGAAGAAUCGGGCUUGCCCAGCAUUGUUGUUCCGUUAUGAUCGUUCCAGGACGGAAGAAUACAUGGCUCGGUUUGGUUUUGGUCGACUCGCCUAUGCAAGACAACUAUAUUUCUUUUCGUGGAAAGCAAGAGAUGUAUAUAAAGACUCCAUGCACACCUCUUUUCCACGGUACGCCGGAGGGCCUGCAAAUGAGCUGCAUCCCAAAUCUCAACAACAUUAGCCAAGACAAAUCACUACUUGAAAAGCUCCUCGAAUCAUGGGAGUCUUCCGCACAAGACUUUUCUCAAAAUGGUUUAAAUCUCAAGACACUCUCGUACUACCCACUGCGUCUUAUUACCACCGAAUGGGUAAACUACAUCGAAGUCGUUCGCGUCUCAUUACGAAACAAUAGCAGUCCCCCAUCCAACACCACAACAUCACCCGAAGACCUCGAGAGAAUCAAGUCAGCGGUGACAUCUGCCUCCUCCUGGCCACGACGCGUAGCAUCUUCCACAAAGCACAGCCGUUUAGAUGACAACUCAACAAGCUGGGAAGCCUUGCGAGACGACUAUGAGUAUAUAACUGCGAGUUUAGUUCAGCACGGCGAGCAACUGCAGACUUCUGUUUUAUCUGUCACCAUGUUUCUUCAGUUACUUGAGAGCCGACGGGUUUCUUCAGAGACAAAGCACGUGUCUAGGCUAACGGCCCUGGCGUUGACGUUUGUGCCUCUGAGUUUUGUGUCGAGCUUGUUUAGUAUGAACAAGGUUUUUAGUCCUGGAGGUCCUUUGUUCUGGGUGUACUUUGUGGUAGCUACGCCACUACUGAUCACGGUAUUCAUACUUGCCAGAUCAUCGCAAUGGGGUUCUGUAUUUAUCUACAACCGGGCUAAGGGCUUCCCUAGUGGGUAG